AUGGCUUCGAAACUACCCAGGAUAGCCAAUAUCAACCAUGCCGCCGGCAUCUAUGCUGACAUGUCGGUGGAUGGUCCCGCAAUCGGCACGCUGGUCGCCGUCAUUGACCGCGCGAAGAAUCUGCCGAAUAGAAAGACUAUGGGGAAACAGAAUCCGUACUGUGCUGCGCGGUUAGGGAAGGAAGCGAAGAAGACAGAGACUGACCUGCGAGGAGGGCAGACGCCGAAAUGGGACCAUGAGCUUCGAUUCACGGUGCACGAAUCACCCGACUACUUCAGACUCAAGGUAUCGAUCUUCAACGAUGACAAAAAGACCGACCUGAUCGGCGAAACCUGGAUCGAUCUGAAAGACUUGAUCAUCCCCGGAGGAAGCCAGAGCGACCAAUGGCAUCCGUUGCAGUACCGAGGAAAGUAUGCUGGUGAAGUUCGCAUCGAGAUGACUUACUACGAUACCAGGCCAGAAGACGAGGCGGUGAUUGAACGGCGAACGCAAGCCGCCGAGAAGGCCCAUGCCAAGAGCAGUGGUUCGAGACCGGGCCCGGCCGCUCCUGUCAGCUCGUCGUCUUCUCUGUCGGGCCCUCGCCAGCUCGAGAAGGUCAAGAGACGACCGCUUCCUAGCGACCCUACCGCCUCGACUCCUGCGCGUCCGGGACCCCCCGAAAAGGCUCCCUCGGCGCCUGUGCCGUCUCAUCCUGCUCCAGUGAGACCGGUGCAUCACGAGCAUGCUCAUUCCAUGCCUACCAUGAAUGGCGCCGAUCACAUGCGCUAUUCGCAAAGACAAGCACCUGAGGCUCCGUACGAUGCAUAUGCAUCCGCGUCGCAGGCUCCGCUCCCGGCAAAGGUGUAUGACACGCCUGACGACUUUCAUCGAGAGUGGAAUCACGCGGCGCCGGCCCAUCCCGCACCAGCACCUCUCAGGCGAUCUCCACAAGAAGAGAGCUAUCCGUACCGUGAGAGACCCGAUGCCUAUGACAAUCGGCAGCAUGCACGGCCACGUUCCGGCUAUGGCAAUGGACCGGCUCCGGAUUACCGCAGUAUGCCACCGAGCAGACCAGAGUACCAGUCCCAACCAGGGCCGGACAUGCACCCAAGACAUGCAUACGAAUCCACUUCUCGCCCCACCAGCCAUCACAGCAACCGCCAAUUCCCUGCGCCAGAACAGUACGGAUAUGAGGGAGAUGUGCUGCGUCAUAGUCAUGGACACGAAGCUGCUCAAUACUCCCCUCAUUCAUCUACGAGAUCGUACAAUCACUCUCCCGUAGAUUACGCGCAUGGCGCUCCUCCUGCCCCGGAACCGGAACAUCACUACCGUCUGCAUAGCAACUCGGUAGCGAGCAUCAACAGCCGGCAUCGCAAUUCCAUUGCGCACGAAAACUUCCACCCGGAAUAUGCAGCAAUGCAGCCCCGCGUGGACGACGAAGAAGAGGAGGGACCUCCACCUCCGCCGCCAGCCCAUCGGUCAGGCCUGGUCCAGCCGAGUCAACAGUUAGUACCGUCACCAACUUCCUCGUACAAGGCUUACUCUCCAGAGUUUGCACCGUCCCCCCGCAAUACCAACGACAUGACCGCGCUCCAGCCGCUUCGCCCAUCGCACGGGAACCGCCUACAGGACCACCCUCGUAUGAAGAAUCCAUCGGUGCCGCGCAGCCUGGUCGCCGGCUUUGACCCGGCCAUUGCCGAGGUGGAGGCCUCCCGUACCGCGCGGGAAAGCCAAGUGAACCGCCGGCGUAGCUUCUUCGAGGAGGACGCCAUGAUUCGGACUGCCGAAUCGAAUUCUGCCUCACUACCUUACCCUGACGACACCGAUCCCCGUCGUUCCUUGGUUCUUAGGAAGUCUGUCAGUUCCGAGUCUCGCAUCGUCCCUCGGCGCAAGUCGGUCAGUCCGCGACCACCCUCCACGGCGGAACGCCAGGUGUCCCAGACCCCCUUCUCACCAGACUCGUACGAUGCGCUGAAUCCAAACGCGGCACGGUCUGCCGUCACCCGCGACACGGCACCGGCGUAUGAGACAGUCGCACAGGCAAUGCAGACGGCCCGGCUCAACGAGAUGAAGCCGGAUACCUCAGGACCAAUCAUUGGUGACGAUGGGCGCGAGAUUGAUCCCUCGGAUCACCUUCCUUCUGACACUUGGGCGCCAGAACCGGAACGCAAGAACAGAAAGCCCGAGGUGAUUCUCCGCUUCAAGCAUCCUUCCACCAGGGAGGUGGGAGGACCCCGUCCCCGGUCCAGCGGGACAUCCGCUGUUGCAGAGUACGAGCGUGGUCGCCAGGAGUACGGAGGAUAUGGACAUGGACGAAAUUAUAGCACGACUGAGGCGGCACGGCCGCGAUCUUCGCACCGAAAGUCCGUCUCGCCAGCGCCGAGUGCGCGCUCCUCGCACUCUGUUUCCAGCCUGUACGCCAACGUCGGGCCACCCAUCCCGGCCAAAGUACCUAUUGCACCUCCAGCGGGCCCAAGCUACCCCGUGACGGGCGGCCACACCGGCAUGGAUGCACUGAGCCGGGAGCUGAACAGCAUUGACCUGGGGUCUGUGGGGUGUAGCGUCGUCCGAGCGCCGCGAAAAUACGUUCCCAAGACGAUAACGUACGCUAUGUGA